CAAGUCAUGGUACUCUCUUCCUUCCUAAGUUCGUCUGCUGACCGGCUACUGGGAGUAAUCUUCUGUGUUAUUGCUUUCACCGGUGUUAUAUCUAACGCUGUCAUGACAGUUCACCUCUCCACCCUUUCCAAGCACCUGAGAACCCGGACCACCUCAAUGCUCAUUCAGAUCUCUACAGCAGACUUUCUUACUUGUCUUACAGUGGCUCCUGUCGUUGCAGCGGGAUUAUUACAAGAUCGGUAUCUGCCCAUUGAGAUUGGUGGCGACUACGAUGUUAACUCACCUUUAGCUAAUAUCAUAGGUUUAAUAUCAACUGCCAUGAACUCCUCCUCGCUUCUACUGAUAUUCGUGUUCAGUAUCGACAGGUUUGUCGCUGUCUUCUUUCCUCUCCAACGUACCCGGAUCCUCACCGCUAAAAGUUUCACUCUUCUCUGCUCUGUGGCCUGGAUCCUACCCAUAACGUCCAGCUUAUACCCCAUCUUCAAGUCCGGGCACUAUUACUACUUCCCUGCUUUGGGUUACUACCUAGCCUACCUGGAGAUUGACACCCACCUGGAACAGCAACUCCUCUACGCCACCAGUAACCUGAUGGUGCUGGCUCCUUUCUUCCUUACCAUAGGGAUCAGCAUUGCAACUGUGGUUAGACUGCAGAGGGGCUCGAGGAAAGGGAAGGAUACCAGUUUGAAGAGGAACAUGUGGUGGUCUGGCAACAGGGGAACAACUGGAGUGAGCACGUGCAACAGGAGUGGAACAACAGGAGUGCAGAGCACGUGCACCACAGGAGUGACCACGUGCACCACAUCCCAGACUGAUAAAGAGUCUUCAAGACGUGUCAACCCGCUGAAUCUACUAUCUAAACAGACCCAGCCGGACAUCGUCAAGUCUCCGGACCUGAGAUCGUCCUCUCAGACUCUCGGUACCAGAGAGAGUUUGACUGUGCUAAACAGCUCCAAGAACUCUGAUUGUUUGGUGACCAAAAAGCGGGUAAAGGCUCCUAAAUCUCGGCAAAACAAAACUAAUGUUGUCGUGUUGAAGAUAAUUGGACUUUACAUCCUGUGCCUGCUCCCUGGCAAUUUGAUGAACAUUUAUGACAUGCUUGACACGCUUGAUGCUCUUCCAGCUUCUGUUUCUUUUGAAUAUCUGUCACAAAAAGAUAGUGUGCUGACUGCUUAUCUUUACAUGUGUUUGAUAUUUUCUACGCUGCUGUAUACAGUGAACUCUUGUAUUAACCCUUAUGUUUAUUGUUUUAGAUCACAAUAUCAGCGCAAAAUUAUUUCUGAAAAGUUUUUGAGUAGUUUUAGAAAUAUUUUUGGUAGAUCUUGAUAUAAAAAUGAUCGUUUUUGAUGUCAGCUUGAUGAUUGAUCAAUUCAAUUACUUAUCUUAGAAAUUUCAAUUUUCCUUUAGUAUUUUUUUCCGGACGAAGUGGUUUGUUAUUGUUUUGAAAUUUUAUUGUUACUAAAUUUCCAUUUAAAUAUUGU